GUAUGAUUUCUUUAUAAUCCCUCAGCAGCGCCGCUAGUUUGUUUGGGAGUUGGUAGAAGUCGUCGAGGCAGACUUGUCUCACAGUCAAAGCCGUAACGAAGUUGACAUAAAUACACAUUCGACGGUAUUGUAUUUUCAGGUCAAAGUGUUAGCAAUUCACCACCUUCUAUAGUCAUCUAGUUCGGAAAUUCAGUGCCAUUAUGGAGGAUAAAAAAGAAGAAGGGGAAGCGGAGAUUCAGGAACACGGACCCGAACAUUGGUUCUCAAAAUGGGAGCGGCAGUGCUUGGCUGAAGCCGAGCAGGGGGAGCCAAGCGAGGAAGAGGCAGAUCAAAAUCGGGAGAAAUUGUGGCAUCUUUUCCAGAAUUCCGCUACAGCAGUUGCUCAACUUUAUAAAGAUCGAGUUUGCCACCAGCAGGGAAUAUCACUCUGGGUCCCCUUUCAAAAUGCUGCAACAGCUGUUACCAAUUUAUAUAAAGAAAGCGUAGAGGCCCGUCAAAGAAGUUAUGACCUAGGAAUUCAGAUCGGCUAUCAGCGACGCAAUAAGGAUGUUCUGGCCUGGGUGAAAAAGCGGAGGAGAACUAUUCGUCGGGAGGAUUUGAUAAGUUUCCUUUGUGGCAAAGCUCCACCGCCAAGGACUUCCAGAGCUGCGCCCAAACUGACUGUCAUGUCCCCAAAUCGGGCUUCCUCCACAGACACGGUCUCUUCUGUAGAGGCUGAUCUACAACCCUUCCGCGAGGCCAUAGCACUACACGGUCUCAGCGGGGCAAUGGCGAGCAUCAGUGUCCGCUCCAGCACCCCUGGCUCCCCCACCCACGUCAGCAGCAGCUCAAACCCGGGCCGGCGGAGAAACGGACUGCACGAUGUGGACUUGAACACUUUCAUAUCGGAGGAGAUGGCGCUGCACCUGGAUAACAGCGGCACCAGGAAACGCAGCUCCGCCCAGUGUGCCGACGUCAUCACAGACUCCCCCACCCACAAACGUAACCGAAUGCUCUGAGCCUUCCACCCACACCUACCCUCCCUCACCAAAACCCCACCGCCCCCCUGAGCUCCUGCCAGCUCCCAGUCAUGUACUGUGCUGCUUGACAAAAAAAAAUGAAAUAAAUAAAAAAAAACACUUAAAUCCUCAAAACUUUUGUGCCCCCCAAAAAUCCUACCUUACCCCCCCCCCCCCCCCCCCCCAACAACACACAAAAAAAGGAAACGAGGGCCAUUGAACAUCACAUAAGAGUGAAUUCAAUAAUGAUUGCCAUACGUUGGACCACUGUAGUAGAUACCUCUCGCUGUAAACCAAUAUCUGUUACCCUCUCUCAGUGCACUCAGUGGACACGUCUGUCAGUACUUGAUUAUUUGAGUGUAGAGUUACGUUUUUGAGUUCUUUACGCUGCCGGUAUUCAUCAUAUAGGAAAAGUAUGGGUAGCUGAUAGCCCAGAGCUGGCUUGGCAGUACCCCUAUUUGCUAUUAAUGCUUCAGCCGUGAAACCAGUUAACCACUGAAUGUUCAUUUUUCAGCGUUUGGUGUCCUUUGUACACCUAUUAGUUCACACCAGAUAUUCUGACAACCUGCUUUUUUUGUUUCUAUAUAAUGGCAGUCACUUUGUGAGGACUCCAGUACUAUUGAACUCAAUUGCUUUUUACAACUUGCUAGUCUUAUUUGAUGCCGCUGCUGAGUUCCUUUGUAUUUGUCUUUGUUUUGUUCUGUGUCGUGAACUUGAGAAAGUUGCAAUAAUGUUGUUGCACUUAAGUCAACUACAGAUCCAUUUGGCUUUAAUAUCUUACAAUUUUAUGCCACUGGAUCAAAAUAAGACAAUGACUAAACAAGGGCGUAGGAAGCCAUUCAGUGUGUCUGUACAGUAGUGGUGGCCAUGACGAAAUAAAUUGACAACUUCCUUAAGAAGGUGGCCAUGAUAAAAUAAACAGCUCAGAUUUUUUUUUGGGGGGGGGGAGACACUCCAUGUUGCAUAAGGAAGCCAUUCUCCUGAGUUGUUUGUCAAGCAGAGAUGGCUCACUGACCCCUUCCUUUAUUUCAUGCAUUCAAACCACGUUUGUGCUCUCGAGGCAUUUCUUAAAAAGAAAGUUGACGAAGAGAAAUCCUCAUGUAAACGUUCAGUGAGAUUGACAGAUGCAGAUACACAUGAGUAUUAGUAUUUCGAUGCACAUUGCAGAGACUGAUGCAGAGGUAAACCUGGAAUAAAUUGUAACUGAGUGUAGUGCAUUGAAUAACUGAAGAAACCAAGCGGUAAGAUGUCAACAGUUACCCUCUGAAGCUGGCGUGAAAUAGAAGUGAUUUCCUGGGCAUCUGUACUUUUUACAAACAGAAAUAUCCCAAUGCCAAAACACGCAAGGAGUCCAGUUCUUGGGGAAACUUAAGUUCACAGUUAGCAUUACUAAGCAGUUUGUUUCAGCCUGUUGAUUGUCAUAUAUAAACGAUGGGGGGACAGCCAGGGACAAUUAUGUAGAAAUGUCACUUUAUUCAUUUUUUUUUUGGCUUGCUUUUUUUAUUUUAAUAAAUAAACAAGGAAUAUCACCAACUAAUCUUUAAAAAAAAAAGAGACUACAUUUAAAUGUAUCAAUCAUUUUCCAAUGUCAUUUAACAGGUUGUACAACAACCAAGUAUAGAUGCUGGCUAACCACUGAUUGUAGAGACAACAAUGAGAUCAGUCAAGUUAACAGCAGUUUGCCACACUGUUCAUGUCUUUUUCAAAAGUUGAGAUGAGCAUUGUGUUGGAGAAAUAAAUAUUGCGAAAUGUGGCCAUGUAAAAUGUUUCCCUUUUUAAAAGAAGCAGUAGUGUAUGGGCUUAAGUUAUUAAAGACUUUUCAAAUAUGCAAA